UCGCAUUGACGAUAUCAUUAAAAGAGCGUCUCAAAUGACACCCAUGAACGGCAGAGUUUUUCAUGAUAUACCAGCAGUCCGUCUCCAGCUCUCGUGGAAGUUUUUCAAACUCUGCAAUUUUCAUUUACGCGUAUCCAGUGUGAGUUCUCGAGGAUGGAAACGCCGACCUCUGAUGCGUGGACCAUGGAAGCAGAGGGUCCAGUUGGUUCUUCGGUUCUCGCUCUCCGUGUCGUUUAUAAGAUCUUUACAGAAUAUCUCUGGAUCGCCGUGACGGUUUUAGCGCUUUUCGGAAAUGGCAUGUCGAUCUUAAUUACGAUACAGAAAGACAACCGGCGUAUCUCGACCUGCAGCUACAUGACGGCGUUGGCCGUUGUUGAUACAAAUGUUACCAUAGCAAAUGGAUGGGCAUUGAUUUGGAUGUUCUGGGCACCAGCGCCUCCUUCGGAGCUCGCCCUUCAGGGUUUGUGGUAUCUCUCCUACACCAACGCCAUCCUCUCUGGCUUCUAUCUGGCCGCCAUGACAGUAGAUAGACUUAUUGUUGUCCGAUUUCCGAUGGCUGUUCCAAGGCUGUGCACCAUCCGCCGGGCCUGGCUGACAAUCUUCAUCAUGUUGGUUAUCAUCAGUGGCCUUAACAUCUACUUGUUUUACACAUUUAAAAUUACGAAAAGUGGUGGUCACACUGGCAGUGUAGGUAUCGUGGUCAUGUCAGUACCAGACGCCCCAGAGAUGGAGACUUUGGGGAAUAUGUUCCAGUUGGUCAUCGGGACCAUCGUACCCUUCUGCAUCAUCGUGUUCUGUAACCUGUGGAUAAUCACUGUGUUACGCAGCGCCUCAAAGGCGAGAGACAAGAUGGGUGUCAGCGAAAAAGGCAAGAAAAAAUCAGAAAAGGAGUCAACCCACCUAACUAGAAUGUUGAUUAUUGUCAGUAUUGCCUACGUCGUGACGUCAAUCCCUUAUAGGUUAUACAUCGUUAUUAUGGGAGCACCAGAGGUCUUCGCUCCUUAUAAGUUGAAAGAAGAAUAUUGGAGUUUGAGAUUUUAUUGUCAGAAUUAUAUUCUUGAUCAGUUCUGGGAGUUAAAUUAUGCUAUCAACUUUUAUUUAUAUCUAAUUGGCGGUGGUAAGAAAUAUCGCAAUGACGUCAAAGAAAAACUGAGGCUAAUAUUUUCAUGUUGUAGAAAGUAGUUAUAUAUCUGAUAGAACGUACAACUAGUUUUGCGAUUAUAACCGUUUUCAUGCAACACUGCAGCACGGCGCCAGAGAAACACUGCCAAAUAUGGUAAAUGCUGUAUAGAACAUGUAGACACAACAAACUGUUGAAUAUCCGUAUCGCUGUAACGUAUGGUGCUUUCACAUCUUGGACAUCCCCGAUGCGCGAUAUGCGAUAGCGAAACUGAUUUACAUGUAAAUGAUACUUAAUUGAGAGUUUACCUGGAAGAAUCGUUUUCAUUUCACCUUUCAACAUUGUACAGGAUGGGAAAAUGUCACAGUACGAAAAUUCGAUAGGGAUACGUAACACGGGCGUGAGUUUUUGCUUGCCGAAAGUGCCUAUUAACAUGUGGCAGGUUUCGCUUCGUCGACGUACGUUAUUCUUCGUAUGGGUUGCUAAACCUGCCUAUUGUUCUCAUCAUGCCACAAAGACGAAGUCAGAGAAAAGUUAAAACUAUCCCAUACCUUCCUCUUACAUUGACACAUAAAAUUUUCAAAGGCAUCGAAAAAAUGUCUCCUUUAACGAUAAAUACCAAAAAGGAGUUUGAGCAUUAGAAAACACUGAAUAAUUUUGAGUAUGGAGGUACAUGUACAAGUCAUUGCUGUCAAAAUACUUUCCUAGUAAAUUCUUGUUUUCAAAGGCCAAGUUUACCCACUUAUCAUAAUUGUUUUGAUAACCAAACUAUAAUCAACAGUUAAUGAAAUGGCAAUAGCUAAUGAUUACCCGAGAAGAGUUAUGCAGUUCAGUCAGUAAAUGGCCAGUUCAAACACAGCGUUGUGUCCUGUACAAUUACACUUUACUGCUCUUAUUUAAUUGACAUUAAGGAUUUUGAUCGAAAUAUCACACUUUACGGAUUGAAAGUUCAACUCAUUUUAGUUUUGCCGUAAUCGCUUAUAUAUUUAUGCGCGCACGGCCUUUUAAAAUGCAUAGCGACUAUAGCUAAACUCGAGAUGAAACCGCUGGUAACGUUGGUUUCACCUAACUUCAACUGUAUCGACUGUACACUUGUACAUGCAACCCCACUGAAACAUCUUGGCAACAAGGAAUUGUCGUAGGUUUUCUCAUAUUUUGAUUUUGACUUCUGGUCUUCACGCACCUUUUGCAAUACGGAAGGAAAACAAAA